UCUCUAUUUGACAUACUAAAACCUAAAAUAAGGUUUAAAAGGGACAUAAUACUGACAUAUAUAAAACAUGUCAGGAACUGGAGUCCUUUAUAAUGUAGUUCUAGAUUUUAGCCUAGAAAGUGUUUUAUUAUUUUAUUAUUAUGACAGUGACUUGCUUCCUGGUAUGACGUAUAGUUCUACGUCACAUGGUCCGUGCCCCUGCAGUGUCGGAUGGUGACCUGUCAGCGCAACUCAGCAUAAAUAUUCAUGGGGUCUAAAUAAAACCUCGAACACACGUAUUAAAUAUAUAUUCUUAACAACAUGACGUGUUGGAUUAGAGUCAGUCUCACGUGUUUAAUUUGCAGCUUAAAAACAGCAGAUCUUUACUUUUAAUUCGUAGCAUAUGGCUCAGCAAUGAUUGUAGCAGAAAAAAGUGUGAAAAAUGCGACAUCUAGUGGCUCAUCUACAGGACCUCACCCUGGUUUUACUUUGUUCUCUAUGUCUUUGAAUAGCAGGACAUAGUUUGAAUCAAUCUGAGCUGAGUAAUUCCAAAGGUGUGCACCUUACAGACAGAGCACUUUUACAACUUUUUUCUUCUUAAAAAUGUUUUGCUGUUGAUUUUAAUGGAGCAGGAGAUGAAGCCUGCCGCCAGCGGCGCUGCAGAUCCUCCAUCAUCAGCAGCACCAACAUCAUCAGCCGACACUAAAGCAGGGAGGAGGAGGCAGCACCGGGUUGCCACUGAAGGGGCGACCGAGCAAACCCCCAGACCUGGCAGGCGAACGUCUUCUCUCACCACAGGAAGGAAGAAAAACACGGGGGUGAAGGAGGUGGAGCUGCGGAGCCGCGGUGUUGGAGCAGUUCAUCCUGAUGGUGCUGAGGCUGAAUCACUGAGACCAAACAGGGCGGAUGCUUCAGAAGAUCCCACACAUUCAACGUCAACUUCGGCUCGUCGACUGAAUUUGCGCCUACCCUGCUCCCAGCAGCGCCCGCUGCCUUCAUCCUCCUCCACUGUGAGAGUAAAAGAGAAGAGACCCGAGUUGGAGAAGGGAACUCAGCGAGGGAGAGGCGGAGACUCCCCGGGCUGCGGAUCGGGCCUCGGCUUGGUUCUGUGGAGAGGGAGAUGCUUACAGGCUGAACUGAUCCACUUCCACCUGCAGAAGAGACUGAAGAAAAGCGGCGCGAGGAUGCAAACCAGAGUGGAAAACAUAAGCCCGGAGGAGGCCGCAGAAGGAGAGCUGGAGCCGGCUGCUGAGGCCACAGAGGCGGGGACAGUGACACAGCCGGAACAGGCCUUUCAGGACGAGAUGGAGAGGCUGCUGGAGGAAAAUGAAGAUCUCAAGUAUGAGAUCGAAGAGAUGAGGAAUGAAAUGGAUGAAAUGAGAGACACUUUCUACGAGGAAGACACUUGUCAGCUGCAGGAGAUGAGGCGUGAGCUGGAGAGAGCCAAUAAAAACUGCAGGAUCCUGCAGUACCGCCUGAGGAAGGCUGAGAGGAAGAGGCUGCGCUACGCCCAGACCGGAGAAAUUGAUGAGGAGCUGCUCAGAAGUCUGGAGCAAGACCUGAAGGUGGCCAAGGAUGUGUCUGUGAGGCUGCACCACGAACUGGAAAAAGUGGAGGAGAAACGCACCAGGACAGAGGAGGAGAAUGAAAAACUGAGGCAGAAGCUCAUAGAGGUGGAGGUGACCAAACAAGCCCUGCAGAAUGAACUAGACAAAGCAAAAGAGUCUCAGAAAAGACGAGGAAGCAAAGACAUCCAGAAGACCGACAAGAAGGCAGCACAGACUCCUACAGAGGAGGACAAUGAGGACCUCAAGUGUCAGUUGGCAUUCAUCAAAGAGGAGGCCGUGCUCAUGAGGAAGAAGACUGCCAAGAUUGACAAAGAGAAGGAUCGCAUUGAACAAGAGCUGCAGAAGUACCGCUCCUUCUACGGAGAACUGGACAGCACUCAUCCCAAAGGAGAGGCGGGAGGUCCACCCACCACUCGUGAGUCUGAGCUAAAGCUUCGUUUGCGGCUAGUGGAGGAGGAGGCCAACAUCCUGGGGAGGAAAAUAGUUGAGCUAGAGGUAGAAAACAGAGGACUCAGGGCAGAGCUUGAUGAUCUCCGGGGUGAGGCGGAAGGAGCAGGAAGCUCCGGAUGUGAAGCGAUGAGUGGGUCUGGGAGCAGCCGGGGCCUCGGAGAUGAUCUGACGGAGCUAAGACAGCAGCUACAGCUGGUGGAGGAUGAGGCGGAGCUGCUGAGGAGGAACCUUGCUGAUGUUGAGGAGCAAAACCAGAGGGUGACCACAGAGCUGAACAAGUUAAAAUUUAAAGCAGGGACUCAUGAGGGAGGCAGCAGGCAUGGAGGUGGAGGAGGGACAGGAGGCGCCGGGGUUGAUGGAGCCAAGACAGAGGCUCUACAGGAGGAGCUGAAGGCAGCGAGAUUACAGAUUAAUGACCUCAGUGGAAAGGUGAUGCAGCUGCAGUAUGAGAAUCGUGUCCUGCUCUCCAACAUGCAGCGUUAUGACCUGGCUUCCCAUUUCUCCCUGCGGCCCAGCCCACGGGACAGUGACGCAGAGAGCGAUGCAGGUGGCGCGCCAAGUGGCCGCCGUGAGAGCGACGAAGACUCCUCCUCCUCCCGCCUGCUUCCACCUCACCGCAAACGGGAAGGUCCUGUAGGUGGAGAAAGCGACCCAGAUGAGGUCAGAAACAAUAACGGCAGCAGCCCCCGUUGUCUGACGCCCACACGGGGUCUCUACACUCCCACUGGGCCUGAGGGGGCCUCGUCUCCUGGCCUGGCUCGCUUCCUGCCGAGCGGUCACUGCAGCCUGAGGGACAGGCAGCAAAUGAUUGACAUACGCAUAGAAGCAGAGAGGCUAAUUCGGACCAUUGAUUGUCUCAUUGCUGAUACAGCGAGCAUCAUCUCGGAGGCGAGGGUCUUCGUUUCUAACGGUGAACUGAUGCUUGGCAGAGCAGGGGAAGAUGGUUCAGAGGAUGAUGGGAGCAGGAUCAGAGAGCACGAGCUGCUCUAUCGCAUCAAUGCCCAAAUGAAGGCUUUCAGGAAGGAGCUGCAGGCCUUUAUAGACAAACUGGAAGUUCCAAGGCUGGAGAACAGAGACACGGAGGAGCCGCUGUCGAUGUUCCAGCCCAUCAUUUUGCUCAUCCUCAUACUCGUCUUGUUCUCAUCUCUCUCUUAUGCCACCAUCUUCAAAUUAGUCUUCCUCUUUACCCUCUUCUUUGUUCUGUGACGUACACAUUUCUUAUUUGCAUAACCUUUUGUUUAUUUGUUGUUUGGUUUGUUGAUUUCCUUUACUCCCCACAUCAUUUGUUGCCAAGGUAAUCCAAAGCACAGAAAAAAAAAAAUCUCAGCACUUGCCUCAGCCACACUCACAUUCAGGAGUCUGUGGCAAGGAUCGACACUGGACUCUUCAUCACCAACAACCUAUCAGAUCUGCAGCAGUCAUUUGAAAAGUGUUUCAAGGUCAUUGAUCCUUCCGUCCCUCGUUGCUAACCCCACAGUGACCCCAGACCAAAGAGUGAAACAGGAGGAGGGGGAAAUUGCCUUUCAAACAGGC